UUUGGAAAAAAAAUACAGGCAGUCAAACGUGACAUCAUUUAUUCGGUGGGAACAUUUUAGAGCGAACACAGCGGUACGCUCCCUUUGUGGCUCCCCUCAAACAAUGCUGCUGAAGACGAUGGUUCUGCAAUAACAGGAUGUUGUGGUACCGACCAGAGAACUCGGAUAAGCUUGUCAGAGAGUACCUUGGCACCGGACCGAGCGUCAGAAACAAGAUGCUAAAAAACUGGGGUGUCAUUGGUGGUGUAGCUGCUGCCAUUGCAGCUGGUGUGUACGUUUUGUGGGGCCCAAUCACCGAGCGAAAGAAGCAGAAGAGAGGUAUGGUUCCUGGUCUGCUGAACUUGGGUAACACUUGCUUCCUGAACUCCUUGCUUCAGGGCCUGGCAGCGUGCCCGUCCUUCAUCCGGUGGCUGGAGAGGUUUUCAAGCUCACCCGCAAUCCAGUCGUGUAAAGAAAACAAGUUGUCCACAACCCUUCUCCAGCUUCUCAAAGCUCUAUCCAGUAUUGAGCCUGGGGAUGAAGAUGUGCUGGAUGCUGGAUGCUUGCUGGAUGUUCUCAGACUUUACCGGUGGCACAUCAGCUCAUUUGAAGAGCAGGAUGCCCACGAACUCUUUCAUGUCCUAACGUCAUCUCUCGAGGAGGAGAGGGACCGCCAGCCGAAAGUCGCCCACUUCUUUGACAUGCAGUCUCUAGAGAGCCUUCCCAAUCAAGAUGAGAGAACACGGACCUGCAAGAGUCGAGCUCCUCUUCACCCGAUUCCAAGCCCUUGGAAGUUUCAGCAUCCUUUUCAUGGCCGUUUAACGAGUAAUAUGUUGUGCAAACGGUGUGAGCAACAAAGUCCUGUGCGAUAUGAUUCCUUUGAGAGUCUUUCGUUGUCUAUCCCUUUACCUCAGUGGGGUCGACCGGUCUCGCUGGAUCAGUGUCUACAGCAUUUCAUCUCCUCAGAAACGAUCAAGGAAGUAGAGUGUGAAAAUUGCACCAAGCUUCAGCGAGGGACAAGAGUCAACGGACAGCUUGUGGAAAGUCAGCGGACAACAUUCGUAAAACAGCUGAAAUUAGGAAAGCUGCCCCAGUGCCUCUGCAUCCAUCUGCAAAGACUCACAUGGUCCAGUGAAGGAACCUCAAUUAAAAGACAAGAGCAUGUGCAAUUUACGGAGUUUCUAUCAAUGGACCGUUACAAACACAACACUUCCAUACAGACGAGUCAGCGCACCAAACGUGCUGGGAAGCACCAAAAGGCAGACCAUUUAGGCAAGGCUACAGAAAAGCCUGCUACAAAUGGCACAGGUGCGGAGCAUCAUAACAACAACAAAGCCUUUGCGAAUGGAAACUCUUCAUCUGUCUGUUUCCAGUCUACUUGUGGGACCACUCAGCUGGGCCUCACAUAUGACUACCACUCCACGGAGUACCUUUUCCAAGUCACGGCUGUGCUGGUUCACCAUGGUGACAUGCACUCAGGACAUUUUGUAACGUACCGGCGCAGCCCCUCCCCGCCUUGCAGUUCCUUGCCAUACAUCUCCCAGUGGCUGUGGGUGUCGGACGACUCGGUCCGCAGAGCCAGCCUGCACGAGGUGCUGUCCUCUAACGCUUACAUGCUCUUCUACGAGAGAGUCCAGAAGCAGAGCGCUCUGUCACAUUCGCAGGAGUAAGUGAAAGCCCACAGGCUGAAUUCAUGCUGCUGCCUUUCCAGUCGUACCGUUUAAAAUGGAUCUGCCCAUUACGUGCCAGUUCGCCAUGGUUGAUGGCGAACUGGCACGUAUGCAUCAUUUGACUAUAAGGUAUUUCUUGCGUGAACGGAUCAUCGCAAUGACGUGUCAUGCUGUGAUGUUGCUGCUGUAAUCCCAAGCAGGAGACUCCAAUUCCAAAGAAUAUGGACAUGAUGUCUUACUCUUAUGUAUCUAUCUGGCUUGUGCGGAAAAACUGAGAAAUGUGAUAAAAAAAAGUACAUGCUUGGUUCAAAUCUCAAUAGGUUCAUGUGUCAUGCAUUUACACUUAAAAACUAUUUGAAUGCAAGUUGGUUUAUUUUUUCAAUGCUCAGAACAUUGGUCCGAAUUUAAUGAUUACGUACGGAUGACACUGAGGGUAAUCAUUCACGAUGAUUCAGCAAUGUUUGUAGACAUUUUCUGGAAAUCAUGCAUACACAGUUAAUUGCGUCUGUUAUUGUAAUACAGCAUUACUAUUUUCAUACUUACUGUAGCUGCACAUUUGAAGUUAAAAGUGCCAUGUUGUCUCUUGAGAUUUUUAAUAUGAAGCCAUAUGUGCGUGGCAGUUGUUUUACUCUGACAUGAAAAAUUUGAAGGAUAUUUUAGUGUCCAGAUUUCGCUUUGUCAUGAAAGGAGAUGUAACAGAUAUCCAGACAGUGUCUUCUCGGAAAGUUAGCAACAUUUUUAACCCUGCAUUACUGCCAUUUUCCUCCUUCCAAACCAACUGAGAAGUAAGGAUGAGGACCAGAGGCCUGUUGUUUAUGUUUGCAAUUUGCACUAUUGUACAGUGUUCAUGUGAAAUGUUUGUGUGCAAUCUCUAAAAGGUGAACAAAAUAAAUGUUAUAGUUUUAUUUGCA